UCCCAGCAAAGUUUUCCAGCGGAGAACUAAUCGGAGCUCUAUUAUAUCAGCAAUUAUCAGCGACGUUAACUAUCUUCAGCUACAAAGAAGUGAAAGAGAUAGAGGCUUAGACCAUCCGCGAAGUAAGAUUUUUUUUUCCCCUCGUAAACUUUUCCUCACAAAGGAUAUUUUGGACAUCUUUGUGGGAGCUUCAGUCACUUUCGUUGAGUCUAUCUGAGUGAACAAGUUUGCACAAAGCGCUGCUGAACCUGCUCCUCUGGAAAACAGACUUUAUCACCCAACCGUUCUUAUCUGGAACGGAUAUAUUUGCUUAUUAUCCCGCGAACUGGAUAACGAAAAAUCGCCGACGACUCAAGGUGUCCUAGGAGCUGCGUGAAAGCGUCUUUACGUGACCCACUUUGUCCCACGAGUCAAAACCCAUAUUCUUCCAAAUAGGACGAGUAUACUGUGUAAAAAUGUACCAAAGCCUUGCUAUGUCAUCCAACCAGUCCCCAUACGCACACGAUGCAGGGAACUAUAUGCACCCUUCGGCGAGUUCCCCAGUCUACGUGCCCACUACGAGGGUGCCUGCUAUGCUGCAAUCCAUGCCGUACUUGCAGACAUGCGAGUCCGCCCAUCAGUCUCACGGCCUCGGCGGGCAUCACGGCUGGUCUCAGUCUGGCACAGACAGUUCGUCUUUCAUUCCGGGCAGCCCCCAUCAUCCUCCCGGGUUCUCCUACUCUCACAGCCCGCCAGUAAGCAGCAAUAACGGCAGGGACACAGCUUACCAGAACCAGCUAGUGCUUAGUAACGGUGGUCGGGUUGACCACUAUGGCAGCACUUUAGUGCGGUCAGUUGGAGGAUCAUACUCAAGUCCCUAUGCGUAUAUGAGCCCGGAGAUGGCGACCUCUUGGACACCUGGGCACUUUGAGAGCGGCAUGAUCAGUCUUCAGGGACGGCAAGGUUGCCUGUCUGGGAGAAGGUCCAGUUUAGACAUGUCAGAGGAGUUCCCAGGAGAGGGGCGCGAGUGCGUAAACUGCGGCUCCAUCUCCACUCCUCUGUGGCGGCGGGAUGGUACCGGGCACUACCUCUGCAAUGCCUGCGGACUGUACCACAAGAUGAACGGAAUCAACAGACCGCUGAUCAAACCCCAGAAACGCCUGACCACAUCUCGCCGGGUCGGCCUGUGCUGCACUAACUGCCACACCAGCACCACCACGCUGUGGCGUCGCAGUGCAGAGGGAGAGCCUGUCUGCAACGCCUGUGGCCUCUAUAUGAAACUACAUGGGAUACCCAGACCAAUGGCCAUGAAGAAGGAAAGCAUUCAGACAAGGAAACGGAAACCUAAGAUGCCGAAGUCCAAAACCUCAACAGGAGGGUCGUCAGCAUCGGGCACCAACUCCCCGUUCUCCCUGUCUGUCUCAGAACAUGCCUCUACUAUAAAGAGUGAACCCAACAUGGUCCCCUCCCCCCACGCCAGACAGGCCAUAGCCUCUAUGUCCCAGGCUUCGUCACAUCUGGACAAUGCAGGAUCAGGACAUGUGGACAUCAAGUAUGAGGACUGCCCCUUCACUCCUGCGUCUAUCUCCACACAGAACUCCUGGUGUACUGCUCUGUCUCAGGCGUGAGCUUACUCGACCACAGUUCACUUGGACCAGGUCCCGGGCCUGGGCCUGGACCCAGCUUAGUUCACUGUGGAUGAUAUAGACUUGUGAAGAGAACUACCUGUUUUUUUUCCGUGGACGGAGGAACGGAAGGAAGCGACGGCUAUCAAGUGGAAUGUAUUUGUGGCUACUAUCAAUACUAUUUCUAGUUGUUGUUGUUGUUGUUGUUUUUUGUUGUUGUCUUUAUUGUUGUUGUCUUUAUUGUUGUUGUCUUUAUUGUUGUUGUCAUUAUCGAUGUUGUCAUUAUCGAUAUCUUGCUGAGUUCACCAUUGCAGUUUUACAUGGUGUUUAAAGAAAUAACCAGAAAGAGUUCAAUAAGUUAUUACAGUGUUAAAGGAAUACUUCGGGAUUUUUCAAUAAAGCCCUUUAUCUGCUGACCCAGAGUCAGAUGAAGCCCUUUAUCUGCUGACCCAGAGUCAGAUGAAGCCCUUUAUCUGCUGACCCAGAGUCAGAUGAAGCCCUUUAUCUGCUG